UCACACGUGAGCGCGGUCACAUGACUGUGAUGUCAUCAAUCCUCUCCGGUGGUGUUUCUCGUCGCUUAUUGAGGACCGGGGUCGGUUCCGGUGACGGGCGGAGGACGCGGUUCUCUAUGAAGGGCUGGAUUUUCCUGUGAUAAGCCCAUGUAGCUCAGGAGAAGAGAAUGGCUUUUCUGGACAAUCCCUUGAUUAUCUUGGCACAUAUCCGGCAGUCCCAUGUGACCAGCGAUGACACUGGCAUGUGUGAGAUGGUUCUCAUUGACCAUGAUGUAGACAUAGAAAAACUGUACCCAUCGUCUGUCUCUGGGGAGAACCUCUCGCAGCCGCAAGGAAAUGGAGAAACUCAAGGCUACAUUUAUUCUCAGUCCGUCGAUAUUACGUCUAGCUGGGAUUUUGGCAUAAGAAGAAGAUCAAACACAGCGCAAAAACUGGAGCGUCUUCGCAAGGAAAGGCAAAACCAGAUCAAGUGUAAGAAUGUGCAGUGGAAAGACAGAAACACGAGCCUUUCAGCCGAAGAAUUAAGUUCGCUGUUUGAAAAAAAAGCUUUUAGGGAAAUCACCCCUUAUAGCGGGAAACCAUCUAUAUUAUCCGUACGCCUGGAGCAGUGUCCUCUGCAGCUAAACAAUCCCUUCAAUGAGUACUCGAAAUUUGAUGGCAAGGGCCAUGUGGGUACGACUGCCACCAAGAAAAUUGAUGUUUAUCUCUCAAUGCAAACCAGUCAAGACAAGCAUUUACCUAUGACUGUAGUUACGAUUGCCAAUGCCAAGGUUCAUGACCUCAUCGGACUUAUCUGCUGGCAGUAUACAACGGACGGACGGGAACCAAAACUAAAUGAUAAUGUGGACGCUUACUGCCUGCAUAUUGCGGAGGAUGAUGGAGAAGUUGACACAGAUUUCCCACCUUUGGAUUCUAAUGAGCCUAUUCAUAAGUUUGGUUUUAGCACCCUGGCUCUGGUGGAAAAGUAUUCCUCUCCUAAUCUGGCUGCCAAGCAGUCUCUCUUUGUACGGAUAAAUGCGGCCCAUGGAUUCUCUUUGAUCCAGGUGGACAGUACCAGUGUAACCAUGCGUGAGAUCUUGGAGAAAGCUCUGAAACGCAGGAGGGGUUCUCAAAGAAACUCAGGUCCUCAAUAUCGACUAGAGAAACAGAGCCAGCCAAAUGUCCCGGUGGAUCUGGACAGCAGCCUGGAGAGUCAGAAUUCCUUGGAGUUCUGCCUAGUAAGAGAAAACAGUUCAAGAGGGGAAGAGCCCCAGGAGGAAGAAACCCAGAUAGACAUAGCCACAGUGCAGGACAUGCUUAGCAGUCAUCAUUACAAAUCAUUCAAGGUCAGCAUGAUCCACAGGCUACGAUUCACCACAGAUGUGCAGCUGGGGAUCUCUGGAGAAAAGGUGGAGAUUGACCCAGUGACCAACCAGAAGACCAGCACAAAAUUUUGGAUCAAACAGAAACCAAUCUCUAUUGAUUCAGAUUUGCUUUGUGGGUGUGACCUUGCAGAAGAAAAAAGUCCAAGCCAUGCAAUGUUCAAGCUGACCUACCUCAAUAAUCAUGAUUACAAGCACCUGUAUUUUGAAUCUGAUGCAGCUACCGUUAACGAGAUUGUUCUAAAGGUCAAUUACAUCUUGGAAUCCAGAGCCAGCACGGCAAGGGCUGAUUACUUUGCACAGAAACAAAGGAAAUUAACAAGAAGGACCAGUUUCAGCUUCCAGAAAGAGAAGAAACCGGGUUAAAGUGGAGGGGAUGUGGUAGUAGUAGGUAAACAUACAAAACCUUGGCUAUGGUUGGCCAGUGGGCCUCCUAUCGUCACGUCUAAACAGACAUUCAUAGGCAGAGGCUCUGGCCCUGAGGAUUUUGCCCCCUAUGAAUUGUCCUCAGUCCACCUUUAAUGUUUAAUUAUUCUUACUUUGCAUUUUCUUUCCAAAGCUUGUAUGCUUGCAAAGUGCAGGGCAGAUGCCAUCCAUUCCCGUGAUCCCAUUUUAGUUGAAAUUAUGAAUGGGCCAUAGAUGUAAGUAAAGGAGAAAAGUAGGUCCAAUGUGUUAAGUCUGUCUCGUUAUAGACUAGCUAGGUCUUCUUGUGGCUAACAGGCUGGGACUUAUGCAGUUCUUUAAGAAAGAAGAAUUUUGUACAGUAUGGAGAUGUGUGAGAUUUGGUUACAGAUUGUUAAGCUUUUUAAAAUAAAGAAAUGUCAAACUUC